AUGGCCUUGCACACGAUUGAUGCUGCAGAUAGCACAAUGGGUCGCAACCUUUGGUCAAUGUCUCGUAACUAUAUUCCAUACCACUAUUCACUGCAGAGGCUGGAACUGUGUUUAUAUACUCGUGUGUCCAUGUUUAGAACUAAAAGGGAACUCAUGAAGGAAACGUCCCAUUUAUAUAGCACAACUUCUCUGUCACAUGAGAUCAAGUAUAUCAUCGUAAAAAGACCUGAGAUGUCUAUACUGACUGAAAAUAGCGUUGGAACCAUGUUCUUCUGCUGCAUCUUCAAGUGCCGAGUGCCGAGGACCAAGCAGGAGAUCGAGGCCGACUACAUCCGUCGCCAGUUGGCCCAGAAGUUCCACAGGCAGCUCAACAUCAUCAACAAUUCAGAGAUGGAUGAGAUGGAUCUGCUCAAAGCCCUAGAGCGGCUGAGGGCGGAGCUUCGGGCGGACUCCAACAGUCUCGCCCAAUCAGAAGCCUUCUCUACGCUCUCGUUCACGCCCACGGGCACACCCACUUACCGGAAGGGUUCAGAGCUGUAUUUGGGCGUCUCCGUGGAGGACCUCCGGCUGGCGACGACGCAGGGUCACUUCAACCACCUCAAGUCCCGCGUCACCAACAUUAUCUCGGGCGCCCUGCGUAAGCUCAAGCACUGAAGGGAGGGACGGAGAUGGAGAAGGAAG